AUGGCGACUCUGACAAGCAACGACGAGCAGGCUGUGUGUGGCGGUGAAGCCACUGCAGAGGACUUUGCGGAAGGAGAGGGCGGGAACGAUUUCGUUGUCUCCAACAAGCGGGACUUCUUCCAUGAAGUUGCAGAAGUACGGGAGGCCUUGAAAAAGGCAGUGCAGCCGGAUCUUCCGUCUGCAAGCUGCCGCGAGACCUGUGAGCGGAUCGGACAGAUCUGGGGCCAGUACCAGGAACAGCCCGGAUUGCUGGAUCCCUUUCUCGAGGAGAUGGUGGAACCUCUCAUGGGCGCCAUAGCUGCAGCGGUGCACAAGUCACCUCGCAACGCGACCAGCGCUCUGCCCAAUCUACAUCUGCUCAGUUCCCUGCUGUACCUGCUCACUACAGUGCGGGGCUACAAGACAGUCUCCAGAUUCUUCCCUCACGAGGCUGCCGACCUGGAGCCGUGCCUGGAAGCUGCAGAGGAGGAGGCCCGUACAGGGCAGAACGAGACUUGGUCGACGCUGUACUGCCUCACGCUGUGGAUUGGACCUCAGCUCCCAGUCCUGCCUAGUCUGUCUAUGCAUACUCUUGGAAAGAAGAUGUUUUCCAGGUACACGUUGCCUGUUCACGAUACCGCCGAUCCAAGGCCAAGCGGUGAUCGACUCUGGCGGGGUGGAGCGCUCAUCUGCUCAGUUGACUUGCUAUCGUGUACCAACUACAGCUGUUUCGAGAAAGAGCGGUGCAACACGUCAAAGUCAGUGAUGAACAACUGGCUGGCACCACCAAUGCCACCAGCUGUUCUGGGCUGCGCUGGCGGUGGCUACAUGCUUCCGCAGAAUCCGCCAGGUCUGGCAACAUACAUGAGCAUGGCCAACAUGGCCCCGGAGCUCACCCAGGUGAAGGUAGCUUCCAUUCCCGCGAAGAUGGCAGCGAAUGCAUCACCGUGGACAGGCGUCAGUGCCGGCAGCCAUGGACAUCCGGAAAUGUGUCAUCGGCCGUGCGUCUAUAUGUUCAAGUCCGGCUUUUGCCAUUUGGGUUCAUUUUGCGACCACUGCCACCUGCGCCACGAGGGGCCGUCCCUGCUAAAGCUUGACAAGAAGCAGCGUAGCAAGUUGAAGGAACUAUCCAGAGAGGAUGUCAUGGCCUUGCUCUUGCCUCACAUACGUCACCGAGUGGCCCUACACGGCCUGGGCCCUCAAACUCUCGAGCUCGUGCAAUUCCUGGAGGCAGAGAGCAUCCCGGAUCCAGUGAUCUCUGCAGAGCUGCUCCCACGAGAAUUGGACCGUCUCAAUCGUGUGCUGUCACGACUUCCCUUCUCGGCCUUAGUCAAGAUCUUUCCGCACAGCGCUCCGGAGAAGGUUAUCGAGUUGUUCGAGAGGUCGCGUUUUCAGCUUGGAGCCCAACCGAUUGCCAUCACGAGCUCGGGCGGAGGGCUACGUGUGCGUUUGUAG